AUGCCUUUCGUCAAAGAUUUCACUCCAGUUGCUUUAAAUGAUACCAACUUAUUCAAGCCUAUCAAGGUUGGUACCAAUGAAUUGCAAAACAGAAUUGUCAUGCCUCCAUUGACUAGAAUGAGAGCUACUCAUCCAGGUAAUGUUCCAAACAAAGAAUGGGCCACUGAAUACUACAAUCAACGUUCUCAGGCUCCAGGUACGAUGUUGAUCACUGAAGGUACUUUUAUUUCACCACAGGCAGGUGGUUAUGAUAACGCUCCUGGUAUUUGGUCCAAUGAGCAAGUUACCGAAUGGAAAAAGAUUUUCGCUAAGGUUCACAGCAACAAAUCAUUUAUUUGGGUUCAAUUAUGGGCUCUAGGUAGAGCAUCAUAUGCUGAUACCUUGGCUAGAGAUGGUUUACGUUACGAUUCUGCCUCCGAUGGUGUCUAUAUGGAUGAUGAAUCAAAGGAAAAAGCUGAAAAGUCUAAAAAUCCUCAGCAUGGUAUUACAAAGGAUGAAAUAAAACAAUAUAUUAAGGAAUAUAUUCAAGCAGCUAAAAAUUCUUUAGCUGCUGGUGCAGAUGGUGUUGAAAUUCAUUCUGCAAACGGUUACUUGUUAAACCAAUUCUUGGAUCCAAUGUCCAAUCACAGAACUGAUGAAUAUGGUGGAUCUAUUGAAAACAGAUCUAGAUUUGCACUAGAGGUUGUCGACGCCUUGGUUGAUGCUAUCGGUGAAGAUAAAGUAGGUAUUAGAUUCUCACCAUAUGGUACCUUUGGUAACUUGUCUGGUGGUGCCGAACCUUUAAUCGUCGCACAAUACGCUCAUGUUAUUGGUGAACUAGAAAAGAGAGCUAGAGCAGGUAAACGUUUAGCUUAUAUUCAUUUGGUUGAACCUCGUGUCACUAAUCCUUUCAUGACAGAAGGUACAGGUGAGUACGAUGAAGGUACUAACGAUUUCGUUUACUCUAUCUGGAAAGGUUUAAUUAUUAGAGCUGGUAAUUUGGCCCUUCACCCAGAAAUUGCUAGAGAGUUAGUCAAGGAUGAACGUACUCUAUUGGCAUAUGGUAGAUUCUUUAUUGCUAAUCCAGAUUUGGUAGCAAGAUUACAAAAGGGUCUGCCAUUGAAUAAAUACAACAGAGAUAGGUUUUAUGCAAUGACAUCUGAAGGUUAUUUGGAUUAUCCAACUUAUGAUGAAGCCAUUGCUUUGGGGUGGGACAAACAAUAG